GUAUGCUGUGUUCUUCUCCACCAGAAUGUCAUUCAUAUCCGAGGGGAACAUGUUGAUUAUGAGUAGUUUACUGUAAACCGUACUAGCACUUUACUGUGAGGUGAGCCACUGUACAACUCUGCCAGUCUAUUGGUGAUCAUCUCUGUUUAUUAAUAACCCAAAAUAUCGGAUUGAAUUAGUACUUUGCUCAACACGGGAUGAUACUUCUCCUGGUAGCGUUAGCCCUGUCUAGUUCUGCUGAGACUGCUCAAUGCUGAGCUCCAUUGAGAACAGGUUUACAGGGCCUGAAUGCCUUCUGCUGAGGCAGGGCAUCUACCGACCACUCUUUACAUGCCCUCUGGCGCGGCCCACUGGCCUUUGUGUCACCCAACAAUGAUGGCACCGGAGCACCACAGCCUGGGACAGACCAUUGUUCAGUUCAGCCAAUGGGAACGCAACAAACAGACGUGUGUGUGUGUAAUGUGUGACUUUUCUGUGCUUAUGUGUGUGUAUGUGCAUGGCAAUGCAAAGGUGAAUGCAGGUGGAGUCUUUCACACCAAACUUUUGCAUAUGCUGUGUGACGAAGGGGAGGGGGACGUCACGCAAAGGAAGAGCCAAUCAGACAUUAGCUGUUUGGAUUUAUGCCAGGGCUUUUAGGCUUGUAAGACUUUAGUACAAGUGGCAAAAGCCAGUUUGGAAAAAACAAAACAAAAAGUAAGCUGAGACGAGAUGCCUUAUACACCGUCUGGCUUUUUCUGUGACCGGUUGAUCCGGGAGCGAGAGAGGAGAGAUGGGGAAGGAUCUUUGAACAAGCCCCAGCGCUUUAACGGCCAGGACUACAAAACCCUAAGACAGGAAUGUCUUCAGAGGAAGGGCCUGUUUGAGGAUGAGUCUUUCCCGGCCACUGUGGAGUCUUUGGGCUUCAAGGAGCUCGGACACAAGUCCAACAAGGUCAAGAACAUCGUCUGGAAGAGGCCCAAGGAAAUCUGUGAGAACCCCCAGUUCAUUGUUGGAGGAGCCAGUAGGACAGACAUCUGCCAGGGAGACCUUGGUGACUGCUGGUUGCUGGCCGCCAUCGCCUGCCUCACCUUGAAUGAGAAGCUUCUCUACCGCGUUGUUCCCCACGAGCAAAGCUACACGGAGGACUAUGCUGGCAUCUUCCACUUCCAGUUCUGGCGUUAUGGCGACUGGGUCGACGUCGUCAUUGACGACCGCAUCCCAACCUUCAACAACCAGCUGGUCUUCACCAAGUCCGCUGAGAGGAACGAGUUCUGGAGCGCCCUGCUGGAGAAGGCCUACGCCAAGCUGCACGGCUCCUACGAGGCCCUGAAGGGGGGAAACACCACCGAGGCCAUGGAGGAUUUCACUGGGGGGGUCACUGAGUUCUACGAGAUGAAGGAAGCUCCCAAAGAGCUCUACAAGAUCAUGAAGAAAGCUCUGGAGAGAGGCUCCCUCAUGGGCUGCUCCAUCGAUUCGCUGGUUCCUGCUCGCUUUGAGACUCGCACCGUGACGGGACUUGUGAAGGGCCACGCCUACUCUGUGACGGCCGUGGAGGAGUGUAAACCAUCCCAGCACAAGGACACUAAAGUUCGUCUGGUGCGUCUCAGGAACCCGUGGGGUCAAGUGGAGUGGAACGGUCCCUGGAGUGACAACUCUAAGGAGUGGGCCACGCUCUCUAAGACUGAAAAAGAGAAGCUGCAGCACCAGAGCGCCGAGGACGGAGAGUUCUGGAUGUCAUUUGAGGACUUCAAAAAGAACUACACUAAGAUCGAGAUCUGUAACCUCACCCCCAACGCCCUGGAGGACGAUAAGAUCCACAAGUGGACGGUUUCUGUGAACGAGGGUCGCUGGGUGAGAGGCUGCUCCGCUGGGGGCUGCAGGAACUACCCAGACACUUUCUGGACCAACCCUCAGUACCGCCUCCGUCUGAUGGAGGAGGACGAUGACCCCGAGGACAACGACGUGGGCUGCACCUUCGUGGUGGCUCUGAUGCAGAAGAACCGGCGGAAAGAGCGCAAGCUGGGAGCCAACCUGUACACCAUCGGAUUCGCCAUCUACGAGGUGCCGAAGGAGAUGCACGGGAACAAGCAGCACAUGCCGAAGGAAUUCUUCCUGUUGACCUCCUCCAAAGCUCGCUGCAAGUCCUACAUCAACCUGCGCGAGGUGACCCAGCGCUUCCGCCUGAGCCCCGGGGAGUACGUCAUCAUCCCCUCCACGUACGAGCCGCACCAGGAGGGCGAGUUCAUCCUGCGAGUCUUCUCUGAAAAGAGGAACACCUCAGAGGAGAUAGAGAACAGGAUCGAGGCCGAUCAUCCAGUGCCAGCGCCGGCCUCCGCGGGGGAGGAGAGCGAGGAGGACCAGCAGUUCAGGACUAUUUUUCAGGAGAUAGCCGGUGACGACAUGGAAAUCUCAGCCAACGAACUGAAAAACGUUCUCAACAGAGUGGUCACCAAACAUAAGGACCUGAACACAGAGGACUUCAGCCUGGAGAGCUGCAGGAGCAUGAUUGCUCUGAUGGACGUAUCCUUUAUGGAUGGGACAGGUAGACUCAAUCUGCGGGAGUUCAGACAUCUGUGGAAUAAGAUCAAGCAGUGGCAGGGAAUCUUUAAGCACUACAACGCCGACCAGUCCGGCAGCAUCAACAGUUACGAGAUGAGGAACGCUGUCAAUGAUGCAGGCUUCCGUCUCAACAACCAGCUGUACCACAUCAUCACCAUGCGCUACGCCAACGAGAACAUGAACAUCGACUUCGACAGCUUCAUCAGCUGUCUGGUUCGGCUCGAAGCCAUGUUCAGGGCGUUCCAGGCCUUCGACCAGGAUGGAGAUGGGUCGAUCCGACUCAGUGUCCUGGAGUGGCUCCAGUUGACCAUGUACGCCUAAGAAUGGCCCAUCUGCCUCCAGGUGAGCCCCACUCCACACGAGGACCAGACCCGCCAGCCUUUACCUCAGUACUCAGUGUGCCCGAUCGUCGCUAGCUCUCAUCCACUUCACCGCCAGCUUACCCCCCCCGCCCCCCCUUCCUCAGCUCGGCUCUUUCUACUCCACAAUGUUCCAACAUGCUUCUUCCUCUGCCUAAUCCCCUUCUCUCUAGUCCUCAGGCAUUCAGCCUGUCUUUCUCUGCGCUCGUCCUUCCACUACCACAUAGUGAAUUAUCAGUCUCUCCUUUCAGCCAUUAGCCUUUUUUAAGUCAGUUUUUAAAGACAUUUGUUCUGUACUUUUCUCAGGCAUCAAACACACACAACCUCUUUUUUUCUGUCACAAUACCUCACGGACCUCCUUCUACAGUAUCCCCCCCCUCUAUGUUUUCUUCUUCUUCGGUUGUCAAACUGAGCAGCAAGGGCAUUCUUCCUGUAUUCAUCCCA